AACUUGUUGAUCUUGUGUGCUACGCCACAAAGGUAGUGCAUAUGCCAUAUAGAGCUGACACAAGAACAUGUUCCUGGCUGGGUAUGCAAUAAUACACGGAAAGGUAUAAAGCUGAGCAUGGACCCAGAAAUGGCAUCAAAACAAUAAAUCGUGUGUCUGAAAUGGGAUGGACAGAGCCACUGGGACAAUGGGCCUCCAAUUACCUUCCUUCGAAAUUUUUCUGCCAUUUUCUGAUACUUCAAAAUAUUGCCUGCUGGCACUUGCCAUAGCAUUGUUCCUGAUUGCAAUGAUUGUUUUAGCGUUCAAGAUACACCAGUAUUAUAAAUAUAAAUCAUCUUCUAUUGUGAAAGAAAGAAAAAAAUUAAUGAAUGCCACAAGUGUUGCAAAGAAGACUGAAGGAAAUAUUUUAGUGAAAAGUUUAAGUCCGGGCUUCUUAGAGACAGCAAGGAAGGAGCAGGAUUCAAAGAUCCAACUCAUGCAGAAGGAAAUGGAAAAGCUGGAAGGACAUUUAACACCUUCCCCUCCAAGUACAGAAAGUUUGGACGACGUAUGCAGUGACUCUGAUCGUCCACGCGAGCCCAGAGGGAAGCUUAAGUUUUCUAUUAAUUUCAAUAAGAAGACCAUGACCUUGCUUCUCAGUGUUAUUGAAGCCACAGACUUACCGAGUUACAGCAGGGACCCUUUUGUCAGAAUAAGAGUCUUCUCCAAAAUAGAUGAGCCACAGUCUAAUGUCCAGUCUGUUAUUCAGGAAUGUGAAACAAGGGUGGUGAAAAACAGUAGAAAUCCAGUAUUUGAUGAGGACUUCACAUUGUCCCUUCAGAAUUACCAGCUGUCAAACACCAGCCUAAAAUUAGAGGUCAAAGAUUUUGACAAGUAUUCCAGGCACACGCUUAUUGGAGAAACAAGAGUGGCAUUAAACGAUCUGAAAGCAUCAGAAACCUUAGAAUUGUGUGAGGAUUUGCAAGAAAAAACAAAGGACAUUAUUGGAGAGGUUCUUAUCUCACUGAAAUGUCUACCCACUGCACAAAAGAUUGAAGUCGGGAUACUAAAAUUCAAAACCAGCUCACAGAACGUUAUUCAGGAAAGAGAUGUGUACGCCAGAAUAGACGUCUUCAGCAAUCAACAUAGGCAAAAGCACCAGAAAUCCAGUCUGCGAGCAAAGUCAAAGGUGACAGUUUUCAAUGAAACUUUCCUCUUCAGCCUUCCUGAUCCAGGGAAAACUCACUGUCUGGUCCUGAUCUCACUUUAUGAAACUGUAGCCAAUGGGAGGAAGCUGAUUGGACAAACUUCACUGGGUAACCAGAAGACCGCGUCAGGCCAUAACCAUUGGGACAUGAUGAUGCAGACUCUUCGCCAGCCUGUAGCUGACUGGCAUCCAUUGUAUAUUUGAAAAUUAGGAAGUUUAUAAAAUAGGAACUGUAUUGAAUUGUGUUGUUUUUGUUCUAAUGUGUAAUAGGAUAGACACAUUUAUUUUAUCCCAUUUUUUUGCCAUUUGUAGAUGUCUUUUUGUUACAUACUGCCUGCAGUAAUACAGUAAAAUGAUCUUGAAUAAAAAUAAGGGGAUUAGACAAAGGACAGCAAAAAAUACA